UUCUAUAAUCAUUGUGCAUUUACUAUUAUUAUCCAAUAUUUAAAAAAAAAAUUAUAAAAACUUAUAACAUUUAUUGUUAAUUGCAGUACCAUAAACGAUCUAGCAGCUCGCAUCAAACAAUAAGAGACUAUAUUCUUGCGCAAAUAUAUAUUGGAAAAUUAUUUAAAAGGCCGUACAGGAAACAGCUGUUUUAUACUGUAAGCGCUCAUUCACACAGUUACGCCAAGUAUUGUGUAUCUGAACGAAGCCAAACAUCAUUAGCGAGCUUUAUAUCUAUCCAUGUAUAUAUAUAUAUAAAGCCUGAGAGGGAAACAGGAGGGAGAACAAGUCAAAAUGGAAAAGAGGGAGCGAAUCGAUGCAGUUGAGAUGCAGUAUGUGCGGCAGUUUGUGCAUUUUCGUUACCACCAGGCGGCUGUGCACGCUCGGUUCUUUGUUCAUCCCUCCAUGUAACGGACGGGCAGAGCACAGUGAGCGAACGUGCGACUCGAUGGAACUGAGUGAACGGCUGGCAGCCGUCAGUGCCGAGUGCGCUGACCCGUGGGACAGUUAGUGAUGGUCGUUGACCGUGGCUGAGCGCGAUCCAUUGUUUACAUCGGCGCGAUCUUGACGUAUCCUGAGGAGCGGCGUGUCGUGUCGUGUCCCGUCGUGUCUUCCGCGUCGAACCGACCGCAUCGUCGUCAUUGUCGUCGUUGUCAUCAUUGUCCUCGCUCCUUAAACGACGCGAGUGAAUAUGUCGUCGUCAAAGGUAGCGGGAGGCUCUCCCGUGAGAGCCACGGCGAACAAAGCCGAGCAGCAGCAGGAAUUCCCGCUGGGCCUGGACAAGGAUGCCAGCGAACACAGCAUCUCCAGUAUGAUGUCGUGCGUGUCAAUCUCGCCGAAGCACGCGGAAAGCAGUCUACGAGUUAUGGAGAGCUAUCUGCACAAGCAACAGCUGACUGACGUUACGUUGAUCGCAGGAAAUAGACGUGUUCCGGCUCAUCGACUAGUACUCAGUGCUGGUUCUGAAUAUUUUGCUGCUAUGUUUACAAGCUCUCUACGAGAGUCAGGACAAGAUGAAAUAGAAUUAAUGAAUGUGGAUGGCGAUGCAUUGUGGGCUUUGGUUCUUUACUGCUACACAGGUUGCAUCGAAUUACAGGAGGAUAGUGUAGAAACCCUUCUUGCAACAGCAUGUCUGUUACAAUUGAAUCCAGUUAUUAAAGCAUGCUGUCAGUUUCUCGUCAAACAACUUCAUCCGAGUAACUGCCUGGGAAUACGGAUGUUCGCCGAUACGCAGGGUUGCACUGAAUUAUUUGAACACGCACAUGCAUACACAACCAAACAUUUCAUGGAAGUUACAAGAAAUCAAGAAUUCUUACUCUUAUCCGCUCACGAAGUUGCCAAAUUACUGGAGUCUGAAGAUCUGAACGUUCCCUCAGAAGAAACCAUCUUUCAGGCUCUUAUGACUUGGCUAGAACAUGAUCCAGAAAAUAGGAGCAAAGACGCCAGCAAUUUAUUAGGUUUAAUAAAAUUACCAUUACUGUCACCCGCGUUUAUAGCUGACAAUAUUGAAAGCAACGAAAUGUUCAGAGACCAAAGGGUGGCACAGGAAUUAGUAAUGGAAGCAUUAAAAUAUCAUUUAUUACCUGAGCGAAGACCCUUGCUUCAAUCAGGAAGAACAAAACCAAGAAAAGCUACUGUGGGUACGCUGUUAGCUGUUGGAGGGAUGGACGCUAAUAAAGGUGCGACGUCUAUAGAUGCCUUUUCAUUGCGUGAUAAUGCCUGGAAAUCUCUAGCUGCUAUGAGCGGCAGAAGAUUACAAUUUGGUGCGGUAGUAGUCGAUAAAAAAUUAAUCGUCGCGGGCGGUAGAGACGGCUUAAAAACGCUGAAUACGGUAGAAUGCUUCGAUUUCUGUACUCUAACUUGGAGCACCUUGCCACCCAUGAAUGUUCAUCGUCACGGAUUAGGUGUGGCAGUCUUAGGUGGGCCUCUCUAUGCUGUUGGUGGCCACGAUGGCUGGAGUUUCCUUGAUACAGUAGAAAGAUGGGAUCCGGCAACGCGUCAAUGGAGCCCGAUAUGUCCUAUGUCCAUACAAAGAUCUACAGUCGGUGUGGCUGUGCUAAAUGAUAAAUUAUACGCCGUCGGAGGAAGAGAUAUUAGUUCCUGUUUAAAUACUGUAGAAUGUUACGAUCCACAUACUAAUAAAUGGACACCAUGCGCGCCUAUGUCAAAGAGACGAGGCGGUGUAGGGGUUGGAGUGGUAAACGGUUGUCUCUACGCACUCGGUGGCCACGAUGCUCCGGCUAGUAAUCCCAAUGCUAGCAGAUUCGAUUGUGUGGAAAGAUACGAUCCUAAAACCGAUACAUGGACUAUGGUUGCACCAAUGAGCGUACCCAGGGACGCGGUCGGUGUAUGCGUGCUUGGUGACAGACUUGUGACUGUGGGAGGAUACGAUGGUCAACAGUAUCUCACACUAGUGGAAGCCUACGAUCCACAUCUCAACGAGUGGGAACCCGUUGCUCCUCUUAAAGCUGGCCGCGCGGGACCUUGCGUAGUUGUAAAAAAUUUAACUAGUGGCACCUAGAUCAUUCUUACUAACAAUCAUUAUUCGAGUUUAUUUUUAUAUGAUUUGUAUUCGCAAUUAUAUAUAAUUUUGUGUAUUUCAGGAGUCUUAACACAAUUUGCUCUCUUGUGAUAUUGCAUGCACUUUAAACUAAUUCCAAUGUUAUUUUUCCGAAAUAGCUUAAUUAAUUUCAUAAGU